AUCCGGGAUUUAACCAAGUGUUCUGGCAAGUAUUGUCGAUCAUGCACCGCCGGGGUAAUUGCCGAUUGUGUGGCACUCUGUUGUUGCCCUUGCGCUUUGCUUAACCUCUUGACGCUCGCAUUAGUUAAAGUCCCGUGGAAGAUCGGGAGGAGGUGUUUGGCGUUCGGGAAAAAGAAGAAUCAGAUGAGAAGAAACAAGGUGAAAACGGAGAGAAAAUUCAAGAAAAAGUGUUGCGAUUGUAGUGAAGUCGAAACCAGUUCGAGAGGGAAAAAGAGAGGAUUCUCGAUGGUGUUUGGGGAGGAAGAAAAUUCCGAUGACAAUGAUGAAGAGGAAAAUCAAGAAACGGGAAAUUCCAAUGCGAGAUUUGAAGCUGAAAAAGUUUGGUUAGAAUUGUAUCAAGUCGGUCAUUUGGGAUUCGGUAGGGUUUCUUUCACCGAUACUUGAAUAGUAUUUUUCUGUUUGGUUCUCGAGAAAACGAA